UACUAGUAGGCUAGGAUCUAGAGUGAGGAUGGCGACAGAUGGUGCCGAUUUUGGAGGGGAGAAUUUUACUUCUGAUGUCGGGAAUGGCGUGGUUACACCAACUGAUCAAGCCGGGAUAGCUUGUACAUUAUUCGAUGGCGAUCAAGCAAAAUGUGAUGCAGUUGUUGGAGUCAAAAAGGCAAUGGCAUCAUUGUCACUAAUAGGAUGUUUGUUUAUGAUAGGAGUCAUCUGGCUGUUCAAGAAGCAUGUGGUUUUUGUACAGCGGCUGAUCCUGUACCUAACAAUCGCAGCGUUCUUUGAUAGCACAGCGUAUUUAAUGGCCAAUGUGCAACCAGACGGUCCGUUGUGUGACUUUGAGGCGUUUUGGCUGUCAUUCUGGGAUUGGGCCGUCUUGCUAUGGGUUACCUGCCUGACCAUCAACCUGUUCUUGAUCACCGUCAAAAUGAUCAGGACGGAUCGCUACGAAAUAUUGUACCAUAUUGUCUGUUGGACUGUCGCGCUGGCUAUAUCUCUCCUUCCGUUGAUCGGAGAUAACUAUGGGCCAGCUGGAGCUUGGUGCUGGAUUAAAGAGGAAUCUACUGCCUGGCGAUUCUUCACAUGGUACGGUCCACUCUUCAUCAUCAUCAUAGCCAUGUUCAUCAUGUACAGUUACAUCAUCUUCAUUCUCAACAAAAAGGUCAAGAGUUGGCAGGGAACUUACGAGCCCGAGAUAGAGAGAAACCGGCAGAUUUUGAAAGCCGAGAUCCGACCUCUACAAGCUUAUCCCUUCAUCUACUUGGCCCUCUCUGUCUUUCCAUUGAUAAACAGAAUACAGAACGCGGCCAAUCCCGGCCAUCCCAUCUUUGCGUUGGUCAUUCUCCAUGCACUGACCUCCCCCUUGCAGGGACUGGUCAACGCCGUCGUGUACGGUAUGGACCGGGAGACGCGCAGCCGGUUGUCAUGGACACAGAUCAAGAUGAGCUUUGUGAAUCGCGUCACCGGGGAUACGAAGAUCAAGGAAUACCCGGUGCUGGAGGACACAGAACCCCCACCGGCACCCCAGGGUAAACCUGGCAACGGGCAGGAUGACGCGAGCGAGGGAGACGAGCUGAGGUCGCCCUCUGAGGUUCACGUCGCCGUGAGCGCGAAGCCGAAGGAUGCGGAGAUGACGGACGUGAAUCUAGUGGACGAUGAACCAUAACUCUCCAAUACUUUUUUGCUAAGCAGGAAGGCCUCUUGAGAAAUGGUAGACACACCAGGAGCGCUAUUUUGAAUGGGUAAACUCUUUUGUAUUUACCCAAAUUUACUCACUCAAAACAGCGCCCUCUUAUUGUGUCCACUAUACCUUUUU